CGCCCGGAAAAAGAAGAAGAAGAAGAAGAAGAAGAAGCUGCUUCUUGUGAUGUUAGCUUGUGAAAAAGCAGCUCGACUCUUUUCUUCGCUAAAAACAACGUUUUCCCUCGUGGACUUUUUGCUUCGUGUGUGUAUCAGCGGGUGAAACUGAAGGAAACGCCCCGAGCGUUUCUCCUCCCAUCAUGUCUCACAACUACCCGUACAGACAGCCGCCGCCUGACUCCGAUCUCAGACCUGAUCCUGGACCUUACAGUUCUUCCGACCGCCGCCACGCCUCGUCAGACCGUGACUUUUUCAGGGCGCCUCAGGAGUCUUUCUCUUCGCCCUACUCGUCCUCUUCGUCCUCCAGAGGAGCUCAGUGGUCGCAGGACGGUGCUCUCAACAUCCUGAGCAGCUGCGGUCUGGAGCCCGGCGACCUGGCUCUGCUGGCCGAGCUGCCCGAGGACGUCCUGACCGUCGAGUCCCUGCCUCAUGUCCUCAAUCAGAUCAAAGGAAAGAGGGGGACCAUCAAACCUUUCCCUCCCAACGCUCUGUCUUCUUCCUCCUCCUCUUAUACCCCCAGCUCCGCCCGCCGCACCUCCGUCAGCCCCUCCACCAGCGACUGGGACCAUCACCGCAGCCAGCUGGUCCGGUAUCCGCUGGACCGGGUAUCACCCAGUCCUCUUCCUUUUGAACAGGAUCUGGACCUGGACCGCUGGGGAAAUCCCAGGACCUGCAGCGCUGCCAGAGCCGACCCACCAUCAUCAUCUUCAUCCAGCUACGUGGUGGACUUCCACAGACCAGGGCCCUCUGAGUAUGGUAAGGCAGUCAGAGAGGCUGGUCGGGUGUCCUCUCAAGACUACAACCACAGACCAGGGCCCUCUGAGUUUGGUAAGACGGGCAGAGAUGCCAGUCCUGUUUCCUCUCGGGACCAGCCCUCUUUCAGCUCGGCAGAAAGAGGCACGGGAAAUCCUUCUUCCCAUUUCUCUCAGCCUGGACCAGCUGGUCACAUGUCAGCCCCUCCUCCUGAAGACUACCAUCUGAACACCUGUGGGAGGCACCGGGAGUCUCAGACCUCUUCCAUCAGGAGCUGGCCCUCCGCCUCGAUGCCCUCCAGGAAAGAAGCACGGGACUUCCACGGGACUUCUCCGACGGUGUUCCCGUACUCGUGCUCUCUAUGUGAUAUCAUUGUGAUGUCAGAGAAGGUGUGGAUUAAACACAUAAACGGCACUCAGCAUGCAGACGGACAGCUCAGCCUGCUGCAACAGUUUCCUGACUGGGACUGUCGCAUGGAGACAGUCAACAGGGCCGACAGCCAAUCAGAGAAGUGGAAGGUUGAAGGCAAACCUGGCCGGCAGCCCCAGACGUCCAAUCGGAGCUCCAAGUCGCAGGCAAAUAAAACCCUCCAGAAGAAGACAGAGAAAAGUAAAGUGGUGUGCGUAAAGUUUCCGGCUCAGUCUGUGGACGAGACGUACCUGAGAAAACUGACAGAACCGUUCGGAAAGAUCGUGAAGAUCCUAAUGUUCCCAUCUUUAGCGUUUGUGGAGCUGGGCUCUGUCGAUCAGGCGAAGGACUUGGUGAAGUUUCACGUUAACUAUCCUCCAACUGUGAACGGAGAGCAGAUGGAGUUCAGCAUCUCCAGCACCUUCGGCUUCCUCCAGAGUUCUCGGGUGGUGAGUUUCUCUCCGGUUCCAACAGGAGAGGACUGCCAAUCAGAUCUGUUCACCAUCAUCAAACGCUUCGGCACUCCUCUCUACAGCCUGUUCCUGCCGUCUAAGGCGUUCAUAGAGAUGAAAAAUACUCCUGAUGCUCAGAAGAUGGUGGAUUAUUAUUCCUCCAACCCUCUGAAGAUCAAUAACGACGUCAUCAACGUUUCCUUCUCUGUAGAAUACAAGAGCCUCAUGCGGGUCGCAGCGUCUAAGAGGUACGAAGAGGAAAGCUGCUCAACCAAGAGGACGAGGAGUUCGAGCCUGGACAAAGAAGACAAGACGGCAGAGACCAAGAGGCGGAGGGGGGAGGAGGAGGAGGAGGAGGAGGAGGGAGUGAAAUCCAGCAGAACCAGAACCAGGUCUGAAUCCGGAGAAAAGUCCACUAAAGAAAAUCCAGCUAGAUCCAGGUCCCGAGAAAAGUCCACUAAAGAAAAUCCAGCUAGAACCAGUUCUGACCCCGGAGAAAAGUCCACUAAAGAGAAACCGGCUAGAUCCAAGUCCAGAGAAAAGUCCACUAAAGAGAAAACGACCAAAACCAGUUCUGACCCUGGAGAAAAGUCCACUAAAGAGAAAACGAACAAAACCAGUUCUGACCCCGGAGAAAAGUCCACUAAAGACAAACCAGAUAGAACCAGGUCCAAGUCCAGAGAAAAGUCUACUAAAGAGGAAACAACCAGAACAAGGUCCAGCUCCACAGAAAAGUCCACUGAAGAGAAAAGGUCUAGAACCAGUUCUGAAUCCGGAGAAAAAUCUAGAGAAAGGUCCAGCAGACAGAAGAGGUCCAGGUCCAGAGAGAAAGGCAGCAGAGACGAGAGGACCAGAACCAGGUCCAGGUCCAGAGAGAAAGGCAGCAGAGACGAGAGGACCAGAACCAGGUCCAGGUCCAGAGAGAAUGGCAGCAGAUACGAGAGGACCAGAACCAGGUCCAGGUCCAGAGAGAAAGGCAGCAGAGACGAGAGGACCAGAACCAGGUCCAGGUCCAGAGAAAAGUCGGUACCAGAGAAAACGGAGACGACCGACACAGAGUCCAGGACUGAUCCUGAUCCAGCUCCUGCCACAGACUCCAGACCUGAACCUGUAGACAAAGAACAAACUGAAGAGGAAGCAGAGUCGUCUGCAGAGGAGAGCGACAUCGAGGGGAUGGAGGUGAUCGGAGAGGAUGGAGAGAAUCUGGAGGAUGCCGACGUGGAAGAGGAGGAGGAGGAGGAAGACGACAAGAUGGAGGAAGCUGCAGAGAGAACAGACUCACCUGAAGAAGAUCAAGAGAAGGAGGUGAAGGACGGAGAGGCUGAUGAUCAGGAGCAGCAGGAGGAGAAGAUGGUGGUGAAGGAGGAGCCGGAGAAACCGGUGGUGAAGGAGGAGGAGCAGGAGAAACCGGUGGUGAAGGAGGAGGAGCAGGAGAAACCGGUGGUGAAGGAGGAGGAGCAGGAGAAACCUGUGGUGAAGGAGGAGGAGCAGGAGGAAGAAUCAGAAUCCAGCAGAGGAGCAGAGGAGACGUCAGAGACUCGGCUGGAGGACGACGAGGAGGAACCGGAUUUCCCAGUAGACCUGGAGAACUGCAUCACUCUGGAUGAGCUGGAAGAGGACCAGUCUGAUGACCAAGAAGAAGUCGUCAGAGAGGAACGCGAGCGUCGGUCCACCCGAGUGAUUUACUUCAGAAACCUCCCGCUGCGUUUCUUCACCGACGUCGAGUUCAUCGACCUGGUGAAAGAAUUUGGGACGCCGGUGCGCUACAUCAUGGCCAGCCAUCGCCAGAAGGGUUUCAUCGAGAUGUCGACUUCUUCAGAGGCUCAGAGAGCCGUUAAACAGCUAACCUCUAAACCUGUCAUCUUCAACUCCUCCAGACUCGUGAUCCAGAUCUCCAACAAAUACAAAAGACUCAUCAACGGGUGGGCAGUUCAGACGGCCAAGGACUCAGCCGAGGGGAAGAGAAGCGAGCGCAGGAGGAGCGAGAGACGGAACAGGGACGAGUCCAACAGGAAGUCCUCGAAGAAGACUCCAGAGAAAGAGGCAACGUCCAAAACAGCCAGCCAGAAAGACUCUGCAUCUUCAAAGACUCUAGAGAAAGAGUCAGUAUCUAAAAGGACUCUAGAGAAAGAGGCAACGUCCAAAACAGCCAGCCAGAAAGAGUCAGUAUCUAAAAGGACUCUAGAGAAAGAGUCAGUAUCUAAAAGGACUCCAGAGAAAGACUCUGCAUCUACAAAGACUCUAGAGAAAGACUCUGCAUCUACAAAGACUCUAGAGAAAGACUCUGCAUCUACAAAGACUCUAGAGAAAGAGUCAGUAUCUAAAAGGACUCCAGAGAAAGACUCUGCAUCUUCAAAGACUCUAGAGAAAGACUCUGCAUCUUCAAAGACUCUAGAGAAAGACUCUGCAUCUUCAAAGACUCUAGAGAAAGACUCUGCAUCUUCAAAGACUCUAGAGAAAGACUCUGCAUCUACAAAGACUCUAGAGAAAGACUCUGCAUCUACAAAGACUCUAGAGAAAGACUCUGCAACUACAAAGACUCUAGAGAAAGACUCUGCAUCUUCAAAGACUCUAGAGAAAGACUCUGCAUCUUCAAAGACUCUAGAGAAAGACUCUGCAUCUACAAAGACUCUAGAGAAAGACUCUGCAUCUUCAAAGACUUUAGAGAAAGACUCUGCAACUACAAAGACUCUAGAGAAAGACUCUGCAACUACAAAGACUCUAGAGAAACAGACAACGUCCAAAACAGCCAGCCAGAAAGAGUUGUCAUCUUCAAAGACUCUAGAAAAAGACUCUGCAUCUAAAAAGACUCUAGAAAAAGACUCUGCAUGUCAAAAGACUCUAGAGAAAGACUCUGCAUCUACAAAGACUCUAGAGAAAGACUCUGCAUCUACAAAGACUUUAGAGAAAGAGACAACGUCCAAAACAGCCAGCCAGAAAGAGUUGUCAUCUUCAAAGACUCUAGAGAAAGACUCUGCAUCUACAAAGACUCUAGAGAAAGACUCUGCAUCUACAAAGACUCUAGAGAAAGAGACAACGUCCAAAACAGCCAGCCAGAAAGAGUUGUCAUCUUCAAAGACUCUAGAGAAAGAGUUAGUAUCUAAAAGGACUCUAGAGAAAGACUCUGCAACUACAAAGACUCUAGAGAAAGACUCUGCAACUACAAAGACUUUAGAGAAAGACUCUGCAACUACAAAGACUCUAGAGAAAGACUCUGCAACUACAAAGACUUUAGAGAAAGACUCUGCAACUACAAAGACUCUAGAGAAAGACUCUGCAACUACAAAGACUUUAGAGAAAGACUCUGCAACUACAAAGACUCUAGAGAAAGACUCUGCAACUACAAAGACUCUAGAGAAAGAGUCAGCCAGCAAGAGGUCUUCAGAUAAGGACUCUGUGUCCAGAAAACAUCUAGAGGAGUCAUCAGAAAAAAAGACUCCAGAGAAAGAGUCAACAUCCAAAACAGCCAGUAAGAAAUCUUUAGAAAAGGAAAAAACCAGAACGUCCAUAAGACAUCCAGAGAAGUCAAAAGUAAAAAAGGAAUCCGUUGCCAAAAACACGCCGGAAAAGAAGUCCAGAACAACACCAGAGACGGAGUUGGCCAAGAAAAAGGAGUCCAAUACAGCAUCUAAGAAGAGUCCAGAAAGAGAGUCGUGUGACAAAAAGAGUCAAGAAAAAGACGACCAGAAGACGUCCAGGACACCGGGGGAGGAGGAGGACGCUGGCGAAGCUGCCGGUAAAAAGAGUCCAGAAAAGGAGUCGUUGCCUCAAACAAGUCAAGAAAACAAGACAUUAAAAAGGAAAAGGACUCGUGAAAAUGACUCGGCGUCUGAGAAAAAAGAAAAGAAGAAGAAAGAGUCUGUGAGUGAUGACAUAAAACAGGAGGCUGUAGAAGAAGAAACGUUACAGAUCAAGAUGGAAGAAUCAGAGGAGGAGACGUCUGAACCGGGACUGAAGGAUCAACCAGACUCAAAACCACAAACUGAACAGAAACCUGAUGAUCGGCUGCAGGACUCUGAGGUGCAAGUGGAGCCACGAUGCGGACCUGCAGGGGGCGCCGCCCAGCCGCAGAAACCCACCACACCUGUUGGAACGGAGUUUGUUCGGCCGGUCGUCGGUUAUUUCUGUAACUUGUGUCAGCUGAUCUACGCCGACGAGGACGAAGCCAAACUGCAGCACUGCAGCAGCCUCGCACACUACAGGAAGUACCAGGAGAAGACGGGGAAAAACCCGUGGGCGCUGAGCUGAAGGCGAAACAGCAACAGACGCUGAUUCAUUUCAGCACUUUGUUGGGGUCAUUUAUUUAAUUUGUCUGGACGACACUUUUGUUUCUUUGUGUUUCUUCUGUUCGUCUGGAAAUCAGCUGCUUUUAGUUUUGUUCAUGUUUUGAUGGUCAAACUGUAAAAUUACUUUCUAAUAAACAAAAAAACCAAACAA